AUGGAGAGGCAGGCAGUCAAGCUGGCCCAGAAGCGGAUGAACAAUGAAACACACAUGGUCAAGGCUGCUCGAAGAAAGAGGCUGGCCAGGGAAGCGCAGCUGGCGCAAGAGAAGCAGGCGGCAGAGCAAGCUGCCCGCGAAGAGAAGCUGGCUGAAGAAAAGCUGGAGGCGGAAAAGGCUGCCCGGGAAAAGAAGCUGGCUGAAGAAAAGAAGGAGGCAGAAGAGGCUGCCCGGGAAAAGAAGCUGGCUGAAGAAAAGAAG